AUGUCAGUGCCACCACAGGCAUUUGUAAAUAAAAAUAAAAAGCACUUCUUGGGUAUCCCUGCACCUUUAGGUUAUGUAGCUGGAGUCGGUCGAGGUGCGACAGGUUUCACUACUCGAUCUGAUAUUGGGCCAGCUCGGGAUGCAAACGAUGUUUCUGAUGAUCGACAUGCUCCUCCAGCCGCUAAACGUAAAAAAACAGAAGAAGAGGAUGAUGAUGAAGACUUGAAUGAUUCCAAUUAUGAUGAGUUUUCUGGAUAUAGCGGCUCAUUGUUUUCAAAGGAUCCUUAUGAUAAAGAUGAUGCUGAAGCUGAUGCAAUAUAUGAAUCAAUUGACAAACGGAUGGAUGAAAAACGAAAAGAAUACAGAGAAAAAAGACUAAAAGAAGAUUUAGAGAGAUACCGUCAAGAAAGGCCCAAAAUUCAACAACAAUUUUCUGAUUUGAAACGAGAACUAAAAGUUGUCACAGAAGAAGAGUGGGCAGCAAUUCCGGAGGUAGGUGAUGCUAGAAACCGAAAACAGCGUAAUCCACGGGCUGAGAAAUUCACUCCAUUACCUGAUAGUGUUCUCUCAAGGAAUCUUGGAGGGGAAUCUUCAUCCUCCAUUGACCCCGGAUCUGGUCUGGCUUCAAUGAUGCCAGGUGUUACAACUCCAGGAAUGUUAACACCAUCAGGUGAUUUAGAUUUAAGAAAGAUUGGUCAAGCUAGAAAUACUCUUAUGACUGUUAAACUAUCUCAAGUAUCAGACUCGGUUACUGGGCAGACAGUUGUCGAUCCCAAAGGAUAUCUAACAGACUUGCAAUCGAUGAUACCAACAUAUGGUGGGGACAUAAAUGAUAUUAAGAAGGCACGUCUGUUGCUGAAAUCUGUCAGGGAAACAAACCCUAACCAUCCCCCAGCAUGGAUAGCUAGUGCGCGACUGGAGGAAGUGACAGGCAAAGUGCAAUCAGCCCGCAACCUGAUAAUGAAGGGGUGCGAGGUGAACCCGAGCAGCGAGGAGCUGUGGCUGGAAGCGGCUCGACUGCAGCCGCCUGACACGGCUCGAGCGGUGAUCGCCCACGCCGCCAGGAACCUCCCGCACAGUGUGAGGAUCUGGGUCAAGGCUGCCGAGCUGGAGCAAGAGACUAAGUCGAAGCGUCGCGUGUACCGCAAGGCACUGGAGCACAUUCCCAACUCGGUGCGCUUGUGGAAGGCGGCCGUGGAGCUGGAGAACCCGGAGGACGCCCGCAUCCUGCUGUCCAGGGCCGUGGAGUGCUGCCCCACCAGCGUGGAGCUCUGGCUGGCGCUGGCCAGGCUCGAGACAUACGAGAACGCCAGGAAGGUGCUCAACAAGGCCCGCGAGAACAUACCGACGGACAGACAGAUUUGGGUCACGGCCGCCAAACUGGAAGAGGCGCACGGCAACACUCACAUGGUGGAGAAGAUAAUAGACCGCGCAAUUACCUCACUGAGCGCCAACGGAGUGGAAAUCAACAGAGAGCAUUGGUUCAAGGAGGCCAUGGAGGCUGAGAAAUCAGGAGCGGUUCAUACUUGCCAGGCGAUCAUUCGCGCAGUGAUCGGCCACGGCAUCGAUCCCGAAGACCAGAAACACACGUGGAUGGAGGACGCUGACGCCUGCGCCAACGAGGGCGCGUACGAGUGCGCGCGUGCCGUUUACGGCUACGCGCUGUCGGUGUUCCCGUCGAAGAAGUCGAUCUGGCUGCGCGCCGCCUACCUGGAGAAGCAGCGCGGCACCAGGGCCAGCCUGGAGGCGCUGCUGCAGCGCGCCGUGGCCCACUGCCCCAAGUCCGAGGUGCUCUGGCUCAUGGGCGCCAAGUCCAAGUGGCUCGCGGGUGACGUGCCAGCCGCAAGAGGCAUCCUGUCGCUAGCCUUCCAAGCCAACCCCAACUCGGAGGAGAUCUGGUUGGCGGCCGUCAAACUGGAGAGUGAGAACAAAGAGUACGAUAGGGCGAGACGGCUGCUCGCUAAAGCACGAGCCUCCGCCCCAACGCCCAGGGUGAUGAUAAAAUCGGCCAAACUGGAGUGGGCGCUGAACAACCUGGACGAAGCGCUUAACUUGCUGGACGAGGCGAUAAAGGUGUUUGGAGACUACGCCAAGCUGCACAUGAUGAAGGGUCAGAUCGAGGAGCAGAUGAAUAGAGAUGAUGACGCUCACAACACCUACACGCAAGGGUUGAAGAAAUGCGCGACUAGCGUGCCCAUGUGGAUACUGUUGUCGAGGCUGGAGGAGAAGUUGAAGCACGUGACCAAGGCGAGGUCUGUGCUGGAGAAGGCGCGCCUCAGGAACCCAAAGAAUCCGGAACUGUGGCUGGAAAGUGUAAGACUGGAGAGGAGAAACGGCAGCGCGGAAAUUGCUAACGCCGUGAUGGCGAAAGCCCUACAAGAGUGUCCGAACGCAGGUCGUCUUUGGGCGGAAGCCAUAUUCAUGGAGUCUCGGCCGCAGAGGAAGACAAAGAGCGUGGACGCGUUGAAAAAGUGCGAGCACGACGCCCACGUGCUGCUCGCCGUCUCUCAGCUGUUCUGGAGCGAGAGGAAACUGAACAAGUGUCGCGAGUGGUUCAACCGGACGGUGAAGAUCGACCCGGACCUGGGUGACGCGUGGGCGUUCUUCUACACGUUCUUAAUAUUAUUGACACUGUUAUUACCGUGCAAUAUAACCUACAGGUUAAGAUCGACCCGGAUUUGGAGACGCGUAGGCGUUACUAUUAUGACCGUGCGGUAUAACCUACAGGUGAAGAUCGACCCGGACCUGGGUGACGCGUGGGCGUUCUUCUACAAGUUCGAGCUGUUGCACGGCACCGAGCAGCAGCAGGAGGACGUGAGGGCGCGCUGCAAAGCGGCCGAGCCCCACCACGGCGAGAACUGGUGCCGGCACGCCAAGGACAUCGCCAACUGGUGCUUCAGCACCGAGCAGGUGCUGCUCCUCGUGGCCAAGGACCUGCCCGUGCCCACG